AACAGAGGCAGUGCUUGAUUCACUGUGUCCAUGUAGAGUUCUCUCUGUGUCUCUCUCUUGCACUGAGCUGUAUCCAUUAGCCAAGAUGCCGCAGAGAAAUAGGAGUUUUACUUUUGGAGCAUAUGGAGGAGUUGACAAGACAUUUUCCAGAUCCAGAAGUUUGUGCAGGAGCAAGGAUGGAGGAGGGCCCUGCAUCUCUGACAGGCUAGAUCCUUCACUGUUCCAGCCGUCACUGCCCUACACUGGCCCUCCAUUCCUCAAGACUACUGAUUUAUUUGAAAUGAUUGAGAAAAUGCAGAGCAACAGAAUGGACGAGCAACGGUGCACUCUUCCUCCUCCUCUCAAAACUGAAGAAGACUACAUCCCUUACCCCAGCGUCCAUGAGGUUCUUGGAAGAAAGAGUCCAUUUCCCUUGAUUCUGCUGCCCCAGUUUGGGGGUUAUUGGAUUGAAGGGACCAAUCACGAGCUGUGCAAUGGAACUGACCCAGAGCAGCUCCUUUCUCCCACCUCUUGCAUCAAACUGGAGUUUAACAACACUUCUAAGAUCUACAGGAAGCAUUUUCUGGGCAAGGAACACUUUAAUUACUACACAGUGGACAGCGCCCUGGGCCACCUGGUGUUCUCCAUGAAAUAUGAUGUUAUCGGGGACCAAGAGCAUCUUCGGAUCAUGCUCAGAACUAAAAUGAAAACAUAUCACGAUGUGAUUCCAAUAUCUUGUCUGACCGAAUUCCCCAACAUCGUCCAGAUGGCCAAGCUUGUCUGCGAAGAGGUGAAUGUGGACCGCUUUUUCCCUGUGCUUUACCCAAAGGCCUCCAGGCUCAUUGUCACUUUUGAUGAACACGUCAUCAGCAACAACUUCAAGUUUGGAGUCAUUUAUCAGAAGUUUGGACAGACAUCAGAGGAGGAGUUGUUUGGGAAUAAUGAGGAGAGUCCUGCAUUAGUGGAGUUUUUAGAGUUUCUUGGACAGAAAAUCGAGCUCCAUGACUUCAAAGGGUUUCGCGGAGGACUGGACGUGACGCAUGGACAGACGGGCUCCGAGUCUGUGUACCACAACUUCCACAACAAAGAGAUCAUGUUUCAUGUGUCAACUAAACUGCCUUACACAGAGGGCGAUACACAGCAGCUACAGAGGAAGAGGCAUAUAGGAAAUGACAUUGUGGCAGUCGUGUUUCAAGAGGAAAGCACUCCAUUUGUGCCAGACAUGAUUGCCUCUAACUUCCUGCAUGCCUAUGUUGUGGUGCAAGUGGAGAAUGCUUGUUCUGACAAUGUCCUGUACAAGGUUUCAGUAACAGCACGAGACGAUGUCCCAUUCUUUGGACCACCUCUCCCGAACCCAGCCAUUUUUAAGAAAGGGCCAGAGUUUCAUGAAUUCCUGCUCACCAAGCUGAUCAAUGCUGAGUAUGCCUGCUACAAAGCUGAGAAAUUUGCCAAAUUGGAGGAGCGCACCCGAUCUGCCCUGCUGGAGACCCUGUAUGAGGAACUGCACAUCAACAGUCAGGCCAUGAUGGGUCUGGGAGGAGAGGAGGACAAACUGGAGAAUGGAGGAGGAGGGGGAGGGGGCUUCUUUGAGUCCUUCAAGCGGGUGAUCCGCGGCAGGAGCCAGUCUCUGGACACCAUGGGCCUCAAUAUCAGGAAGUACACUGUCUCCAAUAGUCACAGCGACAGUUUCACCCACAACAACAACAACCAUCACCACUCACCAGAGACCCCCAAAAUCCCAGGGAUAUCUUUGAUCAUUCCUGGAAAAAGCCCAACCAGGAAAAAGUCAGGACCCUUCAGCUCUCGACGUAGCAGCGCUAUUGGCAUUGAGAACAUCCAGGAAGUCCAAGAGAAGAGAAUUACCGCUCUGUUGUCAGAGGACAAGACAGUGCUCUGUCUCUCUCUGCCCAGCGUCACUCUAAAGAAUGGGAGACUCACCGUGGAUCCCUCCAACAGUAGAGAAUGCUCUCCCUGUACACAAAAAACACCAGACAGUGGACAUGCCUCGCAGGACCCCAAGUCUGAAAACUCUUCCAAUCAGAGUUCACCUGAGGUCCUCAUUACUAAGAACAGCUCAACCAUGUAUUGCCGGGCUCCUUCCAUUCCUGAGGCUCAUGACCUGUCCCGCUCCUCCUCUAAUGCCAGCAGCUUUGCCAGUGUGGUAGAAGAGAAUGAAACAGAAGCCACAGAGGACUAUGACACUGGCAUGGAGAGUCUGUCGUCAGCAGGAACUCCUCAUAAACGUGACUCACUCACAUACAGCAUGUGGCUGGAGGACAACAUGAGCACUACCAGCAACAGCCGGGGGAGCUCUCCUGCCCCUGCCAGAAGUCAGCAAACGGAUGGGGGAAAGAGCCAAGAUCAGAACCGUACAGACAUCCGCAUAAAGCUGGAGCGGCCGCAUGACCACAAAUCUACAUCUAACUGCUAGCCUAUCCUGCUCGAUUGCCUCAUGGACAUCCAUCAAUAGCAUUUCCAUAAGAAACACCCUCUUAGAGAGACAAGGCGAGCUCAGGUUGAUGACGAUACUGCUGACGAUGGUGAAGAAGUGGAGGACGACACCAGUCAGCUGCAGGAGUGACAGCAUGCACAUGGCCCAGGACCACGAUCAUGUUACCAUCCCUCCAUCAGGAUACUACUUACUACCCCAGCAGGCUUGACCAGAACCAAGGAGUUGGUUUCAGGCAGCCAGAGACUUUUACUGGCUGUCACUAUUCUCUUCUCCAUCAGGCUUUCUCUUCACAUUCCUUUCUGCAUCAGUAUUGGUACACUCUGUUCUGUCACCCGAAUCCCUUGUGAGUACAUCCAGUAAAUGAAUACGAACUUUGUUCCUCUGUAGCAGUGUCUGCUGACACUUCACUGUACUGGAGAGUGGCUAAUUUAACAUGCUGUAUGAGGUCCUAACACUGUGCUAUAUUUACAUUUCAUGAAGUUUGUCUCAAAAAGGACAUUUCACCUCCUUGCACAAUAAGAUCUAUCUUCAGCUAAUUAUCAAGACCAAAUCAUUUCUCAUAUGCUAUAUAUGUUCUUUUCUUUUUGCAGAUUUCAGGUUUGGAAAUUCUUGUUAUUUAUAUUAUUUUCACUAACUUAUGUUCAUUACAGCCCAUGGCAGCACUGUAAUAUAUUUUUUGUCUUUAUUUUAAAGUAACACCACUUCAAAAUGUCCUUGCUGAGAAAAACAAUCCGAUUUGGCUCAAAAAAAGCACCAUAGCUGUAUUUUAAUUAUAUUUCAGUGCAGGAAAAAGGAUAUAUUGCGCUCUGGGUCAACUAUAUCCCCUUUGUUAAGUCUAUGCUAUCAUCAUUUACGACAGUCCCGGUACAGCGGACGCGGCGAUCCCGCCUUCCGCCUGCCUACGACUGCCCCCCGGCCGGCCGGUUCAGACGAGUCCAGAGGACGCCAGCAGACCUCCUCCUCAGUCACGAACCCGCCCCCUGCCGGGUGCGCGGAGCAAGGUAAGUGCUUUGAGUCUAUUCUCAGCACCCCAGCCUCAGGCCACAACGAAGCCGCCCGACGCUGCAUUACCUGUUCCGCCCCGCUGCGAGGCCCCGCCGGGUACGUCCAAAAUACUCGUCCCUUUGGUGCCCCUAGCGCAGAGCUGGGAAGCGUGGUUUUAGCUUCCCAACGCAUCACGCUGG